AUGAGUCAAAACCAAGCAAUUUUAGCUGCUUCAAUAUUAGCAUCUCAAGGCUCUUUAGCAAAACUUCAAACUUUCUUGCAAAAUUACAACAUAUAUGACAAACUAACGUUACUAUCAAUACUUCUGGUGUUCACCCCAGAAUUGGAGCCAGCUUCCAAUCUAUUAUUUGUCAAAGAAAUCACAGACAACAACAAUUCGUCUCUUGAAAAUCAAGAUGCAGUGAUUGAACUAUUGUCAGAUGAUCCACACUUGAUUGAUCUCCUGGAAGUCAACUCUGAUAUUCUUUCAAAUCGUAUUAAUCAAUUGAAGUCAUAUCUUGCUGAGAAUUGCACAAGUCUUGGGUUUGUCAAGCUGAAUCUAUCAUCAUUUGUCAAGGCUAGAAUACGUAAAACGUUUGCUGUCAAUCCUGAUAUUCAUUUCAAUGAUCCGUUAUUCAGAUUAGUUGCUGAUGAUACUGAUUUCCAAAUAUGGUCUGAUACAAUUGUUGGUCCUUAUGAAUACUUGAAAAGAAUCUCAACUACUGAUGUUUCAUUACUUGAGUUCGAAAACCUGUCACAAGUUGAAAAACUAAAAUUGUUACUAGAUGCACUCGAGAUUGGUUUAGUAACCAAAGUUGAACUACCAAUAGUGGCAUUUGUUGAAAAUUCUAGUCCAAACACAUUAAUUGAAUAUCUUCAAACAUAUCCACCUGAAAAUGUCAGAACUCUACAAUUGUUGAACAAACUUAUAGUACAGGUGACUCCAGCAUAUGAACCUAAAGAUCCACUAAUCCAACAAACAACAGCAACGUUGUAUGAAUAUCCAGAAUUAUCUUCACAUGCACUACAAUCUAUAAGUGAAGUGCUUGGUGUUUUCCAAAAAUAUUCGAAUGAUUCAUUCUUGGGGAAUUUGAUCAAAUUAACUUCUGCAGCUAAAGCUAUAAACUUUGACCAGGGUUCAUUGAAAGCAUUGGAUGAAAUUUCCAAAAGCUCCAAAUCUCAAGAAGCUCUACUUCACUCAGUAUUGGAGAACAUUGAUGCCAACACUUCCAAAGAAUUUAUCAAUCAACUUUACGUUCUAAGACAAACAAUUUUCACAAAUAUCAAUUUCAACAUUUUUAACAGUCUAUUGAUUGAAAAAUUAUUAUCCCUAAGAUUGUUUUCAUUAGUUUCCUAUCAAGAUAGUUAUGAAGAUUUGAUGAUUGAUUAUUUCUGGAAGUGUUUCAAACGUGCAUCAAAUGGUUCAAAACAUAGAGGUGAAAUUUUGAAUGCUUCACAAUCACUUCGUGUGAUCCCUAAUCCAUCACCAAAAGUGAAGUCUUUACAGAAAUUGAUUGAUUCCAUUGAUGAGCUAUCACAUUAUUCCUUAUACUUCAAGCCAGGAACUCCAUUAGUCCCUGCGGAUUUUCUUGCUGUUGGUUCAAUAACUGAGAUUAUUCAAAGAGUAUUGGAAUUGAACCCUGAAGCAUAUCUAGAGUCUGAUAAAUUACUAGAGGUUUCAAAUGGCUUAACAGAGGGGUUUUCAUUGGACCCAAUGGAUACAUUCCAACUCAAAGCGUUCUGUAUUGAAUCCGCCUUAGCAAAUAAUGAUUUUGAAUUUGCCCUAGAUGCUGCUAAUGAACUACUAGAUACUACAAAAGAUCAAUUGAAACUGCAAAGUACUUGGUUGACCUUUUUCCAAGUUGGCAAGUAUGUUUCUCCAGAAUGGUUAGAUACGGAGAUUCCUGAAGAAUCAAUUAAAAGUCAGUUAGAUCUUUUGGCAAAGGUUUUAAAGAUUUGUCCUGUUAAAAACACUCAAGUUAUUAUUGCUCAGUGGAGCUCGUUGGAUAUGGAGCUUUCCUUGAGAUAAAAUUAAGAAUCAUGCAUCUCUAGCUUACAAGUAGUCA